AUUGGGCUAAUCAUGAUAAUGCUGCUCUUCUGCCUAAAGAAGUUUCCAAUAAAAAAAUUAAUCUUCUUCUGGAAGAAGCAGAAUCCUGCUCAUCGAAACAUUGAGACUUUUCUAAGGAACCGUGGGCCACUCCAAGUUAGAAGAUAUAGCUAUUCUGAGGUUAAGAAAAUGACCAACUCCUUCAAAGAAAAAUUAGGCCAAGGAGGUUUUGGUAGUGUCUACAAAGGAAAGUUACAUGAUGGCUCUCUUAUUGCUGUGAAGGUGUUAAAUGAAUCAAAGACCACUAAUGGAGAAGAUUUCAUCAAUGAGGUGGCAACCAUUAGCAGAACUUCUCAUGUCAACAUUGUGUCUUUGUUGGGUUUUUGUUUUGAGGGUGCAAAAAAAGCUCUCAUUUAUGAGUUCAUGCUUAAUGGAUCCCUUGAGAAGUUUGUUUUUGAAGAUAAUGCAACUGAAAAUAAUCAUAAGUUGGAUUGGGAAACACACUACCAGAUUUCACUUGGCAUUGCUAGGGGAUUAGAGUACUUGCAUCGCGGUUGCAACACAAGGAUCUUGCAUUUUGAUAUCAAGCCUCACAAUAUUCUUCUUGAUGCAGAAUUUGUGCCCAAAAUCUCAGAUUUUGGCAUGGCUAAGAUUUGUAGCAGACAAGAAAGUCUAAGCUCUAUGUUGGGUCCAAGAGGUACUAUUGGAUACAUUGCUCCUGAAAUCAUUAAUAGAAACUUUGGAGUGAUUUCGUACAAGUCUGAUGUCUAUAGUUAUGGGAUGAUGGUUUUAGAAAUUGUGGGAGGGAGACAAAAUAUUAAUAUUCAAGCUAAUAAUACUAGUGAAAUAUAUUUUCCACACUGGGUUUAUCGCCGACUCAAGUUCGACCAAGAACUUUGCCUUAAGAGAGUGAGUGAUGAAGAAGAUAAAAAAAUAGUGAAGAAGAUGGUAAUUGUGAGCUUGUGGUGUGUACAAGCUGACCCUGCAAACAGGCCAACCAUGACCAAAGUGAUAGAAAUGUUGGAAGGGAGUGUUGAUUCCUUGCAAAUACCACCCAGUCCUUUCUCGUCUACUUGUUCAUCCUCACUACCUUCAAGAGUGUUUGGUAUGAGGUAAAAUAAAGGUGGGAGUGAGAAUCUAAAUUACUUCUCAUAUUUGUUUCAAAUUUUUAGGGGUAAAGUUAAUAAUUUUUGUGGUCCCACAUGUAUUUUACAUUAAAGUGAACUAUUUUAUACACUUUAAUAUUUCAUUUAUUUUAA